GAAUUCUCCAGGCAAGGAUACUGGAGUGGGUAGCCAUUCCCUUCUCCAGGGAAUCUUCCUGAGCCCAGGGAUUGAACCCGGGUCUCCUGCAUUGCAGGCAGAUUCUUUACUAUCUGAGCCACUUAGGGAAGCCCAGUAGUACCUGACAGGGUCCUAAAUAUUAAUGAAGACAGUUUAGAACUUGGAUUCUUUCAGAGCAGAUUCUUCUAGAGUUAUGUCAUAUAUACUAGUGAUUAACCAACUAUUAAAUAAUUGCUUUAAAAUAAAUGCAUUUGCCUGCCACAGGCCCUGUGACUGGUAUACUCCUAAGUAGAAUCUGACUUUAAUGACUUUAUUGACUGCUGUGUGUCUGUGUGUGUAGUGUGUAUAUUCUAAUGUUUUGUUCUUGUUGGAAAAAAUCAAUUUUCAUUACUUGAGAAAGGUUUUCAUAUAUUAUUAAUAGGUUCUUAGUUUUAGAAUUAAGUUUUUCUAAUCCUAAAUGAGAACUGGAAAGUUUUCAAAGUUCUGAACUGUAAAAUUACGUUGAAUCUUCAAGCUAAAAAAUCGCUUUUUUUUUUUUUUUUUUUGCAUUAUAGUUGUUACUGAUGAUCACUGCAUCUUUUAAGGACUUUUCUUUUCUGUGUUGUUCCUUGACUUAAGAAGAAGUAAGAGUGAGUCAAGGGAAAUACAAUUAUUGAAUGUAAAAUUUUUCAUCUUUGUGUUUUUUCCCUUUUUUCCCUCAGCUAUAAAAUGAAUCCUCUUGUUUCUGCAAAUUUUCUUUCAGUUCUCUUUCUGCAUUCUUGUCUCUCAUAUCCUUUCUGUCCCAUUUUCCCCUUUUGCUUGGUUCUACUCUGCUUGGCUUUCCUUACAGGCUUUUUCAGCCCUGAAUCUUCUCAGCCAACCCAUCCUGCCUCAACCUUGGUUUGUUGCUCAAAUGCCGCCUUUGCACCUCUUAGCCUGCUUUGGCUCUCUUGUUAUUGAAUUCUUUGUUUUUGGAAUAAUUGUUCUGCAUUCCUCUGUUUAUUGUUUCUUGGUACUUUUAGAGAAAUAGCUAAUUUCCUUUAUUCUGCUUCCUAUGGUACAUAAUGAGAAGAAGAAAUAAAAAACAGCAGUGGAAGGACAGGUGCUGUUGGCUCUUUAAAAAAGAAUAAGGUGAUGCAGUUGACAGAUUAUUUUAAACAAUGCUCCCAGUUUGGAGCAGAUAGAAGGGCUAAAUGUUGCUGUGAAUGUAAAAAAUGAAUGUUGUUUUUAUUUUUUUAGUUUUAUUUUUAACUUUCAGGAAUUACAGGCAACAUUAGCAUAGCCAAAAUAUACCUGGGAAGUUUGGAUUAGAUGAUUAUUGUAAAAUCAUGUAUUGUUUUUAUUUCCCUGAUGGUCUUUGGUAUUUUAUAGUAGGCCAGCAUCUACUUUUGUCUUUAAAUACUUUAUGAAAGAAUGCCUAUCAUACAUAACUAAAUAAACCUCAAUACAGUUUCUUCUUUUAAAGAAGGUGGAAGUCCCCGCCCACGUUUCAACUUCUGUUUCACAUAAUUUGUUUAGCAGUAUUUUAUUGAUAGACUACUGUUUUUUCUCUUUUGUUUGCAUUUGUAUUGAAGUAGUACUAGUUGUAAUUAAUUUAUGUCAAUAACUUGUUGAGUGUUAAUCUUUAAAGUUAUAGAAUAUGUAUCUGAUAGGAUAGAAUAGAUUUUGGAAUUAAUAUAAAAUUAUUACCAAAAGGGGUGACAAGAAAAACAAAAAUCUGGUUUUAUAAUAAAAUGAAACUUAGAAUUUCUUUAGUUUUUCAGUGAUUUUGUGUGUGUGUGUGUGUGUGUGUGUGUGGUGGGGGACUGCUUUUAGUUCAUGACUUCAUGACUUCUGGGUUCCUAGGUUUAAUUUACUUUUCUGCUAUUGGAUUCUACCUAAUGCCAUUUUUUAAAAUCAAAGUUGAAGAUGCUUAAUACUGCCUUUUUUUUUUCCUUGAAACUUUCUCAGUUCAUCUGUAUCCAUUAUAACCUUUUAGGAGACUAUGUGGAAAUAAAAACUUGGAAAUGCUAGGUGGUAUAAUUGAAAUGUAGAUCAUAAUCUGUUCUUUAUUUGUUUUACCAAAUUAGUUAGGGAUUCUAAGGAUUCAUUUUGAAUAUUUGUGUAUGUUUAGCAUUUUGUUCCUUUGUUAGAAAUCUCUCAGUGUGACUUAUUUUUAAUAGGAUGUGUCUUGAAUUGUGGUCCAAUCACUCUUGAAAAGUAUUAAGCUCUUUAAACACACUGGUCAGACCCAUAGAGGGAAGCCUACAGGUUUAUUAGCACUCCUUAGCCUGAAAGCACAGCAUACCCUUCUAGGUUGCACAGCAACAGACUCCUAGCAACCGUAAUAGAUUGAAUUUCUAAGAGUGACCAGGCCGGAUGUAAUAAUAAAGCAAGAGGUACAAACAGUUGUCAUGGUUUUCUUUUCACAGUAGGCUAGUUUGAUUUUGGGGAAGCUUAGCCUUUAAAAAAUGGGUAAACUUCUUAUAAAACUACUACUAUUUGUACAUAGUACUUCUGGUAUUAAAAUAGCAAUAAUAAUACCAAAUUUAAAGAGCUACUGAUUUAAAAAAUGUAUGCUCAAAAUAAAAAAGUAAAAGGAAUAUUAUGUAAAGGAGUUUCUAGGGAGGUGUUUUUUAAAAAGACUUAUAAAACCAAACUGUAGCAAGACAGUUAUAUUGAAUGCUUGUUAAAAAAUAAAAAUCGCAAUAUUUGUGCUCUCUUUUGGGGAUCCUCUGUUUUAAUUUUUCAGCAACUCUUUGUAAUAUUAUGUAUGCAAUUUAAAUGAUGAGCAUAUAAAGCUGAUGCUUAUGAUAAACUUUAAAAUUAUCAAAGAAACCACACUAUUUGAACUACAUAUAAACAGUGUUUUUUGUAAUUAUGAACCAACAACCAAUGGAGCAGAGAAUCUAUUGAAGAAAAAAGAAUAAAGUAGUAAAAUGUACCAUAUUCCACAGUGAGAGUAAAAGUGUCUGUGAUAUUCCUAAAGGUGUGAUACUGUGCUACAACUUUGUUAACAUUUCUCCUGGGUGUUUUUUAGUCUAUAUUUGCUUACCUAGCCAUGAAAAAGAGAUUAAUUCAGAUACAUUCACAACCUGAAACAGGAUGCCUCCAUCAAAAAAAGUCGAUCCUCAUAUAGCUGCUGAAGUUGGAGUGGAACCCUAUAGCCUUUGACAGCAAUAAGCUGUAAAUAUACAUACAUACUAAUACCCUGAUUUGUUCAUCUUUUGUGUCAGCAUUUGGAAGAGAUUGUUAAAGUGACAGUUUUAGUACAUACUGGCAAUUACAGUAAAGAGCAGAAAUUAGGCCACUUGGUCAUUCUGGCAUUUUAUGGUAGAGAAUACAUUGAGUUUGGCUCAUGGAAAGAAUAUGAGAGACCAUCAUGCAGACAUCAGAGACCGGGUCGGAUACAGGUUCGACAGUGACUUUGCAGACAUCUGUGGCUAGUCAAGCAGCAGUGCCUACACAGGUGGUACAGCAAGUACCAGUCCAACAGCAGGUGCAGCAGGUGCAGACCGUCCAGCAGGUGCAGCAUGUCUAUCCAGCUCAGGUGCAGUACGUGGAAGGAAGCGACACUGUCUAUACCAACGGAGCAAUCCGAACAACAACUUAUCCUUACACAGAAACACAGAUGUACAGCCAAAACACUGGAGGGAAUUACUUUGAUACUCAAGGGAGCUCCGCACAGGUGACUACCGUGGUCUCGUCCCACAGUAUGGUGGGCACCGGUGGGAUUCAGAUGGGCGUCACAGGAGGACAACUCAUCAGCAGCUCUGGAGGAACCUAUCUGAUCGGCAACUCAAUGGAGAAUUCUGGACACUCGGUGACACAUACCACUCGGGCUUCCCCAGCGACAAUUGAAAUGGCGAUUGAGACGCUGCAAAAGUCUGACGGUCUGUCCACUCACAGAAGCUCUCUUCUCAACAGCCAUCUCCAGUGGCUGUUGGACAAUUACGAGACAGCAGAAGGAGUGAGCCUUCCCAGAAGCACUCUGUACAACCACUACCUACGACACUGUCAGGAACACAAACUGGAUCCAGUCAAUGCUGCUUCUUUUGGAAAACUAAUAAGGUCAAUUUUUAUGGGGCUACGAACCAGGAGAUUGGGAACUAGAGGAAACUCCAAGUACCAUUACUAUGGGAUUCGUGUCAAGCCUGAUUCCCCUCUUAAUCGCCUCCAAGAAGACAUGCAGUAUAUGGCUAUGAGACAACAACCCAUGCAACAGAAACAAAGGUACAAGCCUAUGCAGAAAGUGGAUGGGGUUGCAGAUGGUUUCACAGGAAGUGGUCAACAGACAGGCACAUCUGUUGAGCAAACUGUAAUUGCCCAAAGUCAACAUCAUCAACAGUUUUUAGAUGCAUCUCGCGCACUUCCAGAGUUUGGAGAAGUUGAAAUCUCUUCUCUGCCAGAUGGUACUACCUUUGAGGAUAUCAAGUCACUGCAGAGUCUUUAUCGAGAGCACUGUGAGGCAAUAUUGGAUGUUGUUGUGAAUCUUCAGUUUAGCCUGAUAGAAAAAUUGUGGCAAACAUUCUGGCGCUAUUCUCCCUCAACUCCAGCUGACGGCACUACCAUUACUGAGUCAAGCAAUCUGAGUGAAAUAGAAAGUCGACUUCCGAAAGCAAAGCUGAUAACUCUGUGCAAACAUGAGUCUAUCCUGAAAUGGAUGUGUAACUGUGACCAUGGGAUGUACCAGGCUUUGGUGGAGAUUCUCAUCCCCGACGUCCUUAGACCUAUUCCUAGUGCCUUGACCCAAGCCAUUCGAAAUUUUGCAAAAAGCCUUGAAGGUUGGCUUUCCAAUGCCAUGAACAAUAUUCCACAAAGAAUGAUACAAACCAAGGUUGCAGCUGUAAGUGCCUUUGCCCAGACUCUGCGAAGAUACACGUCGCUCAAUCACCUGGCCCAGGCAGCUCGUGCAGUGCUGCAGAACACGUCACAGAUCAACCAGAUGCUCAAUGACCUCAACCGUGUCGACUUUGCCAAUGUCCAGGAGCAGGCUUCCUGGGUGUGCCAGUGUGAUGACAACAUGGUUCAGAGACUAGAAACAGACUUCAAGAUGACUCUCCAACAGCAGAGCACCCUGGAGCAGUGGGCAGCUUGGCUUGACAAUGUGAUGAUGCAAGCACUGAAACCCUAUGAAGGAAGACCCAGUUUUCCUAAAGCUGCCAGGCAAUUUCUGCUAAAAUGGUCUUUCUACAGCUCAAUGGUUAUUCGGGACUUAACUCUACGCAGUGCUGCUAGCUUUGGCUCCUUCCACCUGAUCCGUCUACUCUACGACGAGUACAUGUUCUACUUAGUAGAACAUCGUGUUGCUCAGGCAACAGGAGAGACACCCAUAGCGGUCAUGGGUGAGUUUGGUGAUUUAAAUGCUGUGUCUCCUGGAAAUCUGGAUAAAGAUGAAGGCAGUGAAGUGGAAAGUGAAAUGGAUGAGGAAUUAGAUGACUCUUCAGAACCUCAAGCCAAAAGAGAGAAAACGGAGCUGAACCAGGCGUUUCCGGUGGGUUGCAUGCAGCCCGUUCUCGAGAGUGGCGUGCAGCCAAGCCUCCUGAAUCCAAUUCACAGCGAGCACAUCGUCACGAGCACUCAGACUAUCAGACAGUGCAGCGCUACAGGAAAUACCUACACUGCAGUCUAAAGGAUAUUAAAGUGUAUUUUUCCAGCUAACAUUAACCCUGUUGAUAUUGGGCUUAAGUUGAAAUUUUAACAAGCCUGAAGGUCGACUGUUGUCAAAUACUAUCUGUGCUGAACAUUAUCUUUUCGGAGUUGUGAAAUGGAAUGGGUGUAUGUAUUUUGCCAGGUCUUUUUUUUUAACAUAAAAUUACUUGCCUCUUAAUAAUGAGUUUUUUCCCCUUAGUUUUGGGUGUCAAGAAGGAUUUUUACAACACUUAAUGUCAGUGUUUUUGUUUUCUUAUAAUUAAAAAGUAAUUUACAUUUUUGUAGCUUAAAAUAUUUUAUUGUUGAUUGUUAGUCUUGGUGUAUGAUUUCAUGUGUAAGUUUUUAAUUAGAUGCACUUCUGUGAAAUAUCAAAAGAAAUUAUUUUCUUUGAUUUACACUGGAGGCAUGCACAUUUGGCAGCAGAUGCAUCAAAUUUGCUUUUGAAAGGUGCUUUUCAUUGGACAGAACCACAAGACACUAUUUUGAUAACAUUUUGGAGUACGGAGAGAGAAUACAAAGCAUUUUUAUUAUAGUGCUAGAGGGUUGGGAAGGUCAUCUAUUUUUCUCUAAAGAAAAAUUGAGCUGUGCAUUUAUCAGUUCAGAGUAAAUGACAGAAUUGCAAGAGAUUAUGCUAAUAAGUACAUAAUUUGUGUACAUAAUUAUUAAACCAUGUUAAUGCAAGCUUCCGUUAAACAUUGAAUUUUAACUGUUAUUUGCAUACCAAUUCCUCUGUUUAAAGACUACUGAUUCUGUAUUUGGGACCACUGCACAGAUGCAUUCUGCUGUUGAGUGGGGCUGUUAUAGUUAGAUACUGAAGCUGAAAAAAAUGACUUGACUUCUUUUUUUUUUUUUUUAAGUGUACACGCUACUUAUGCUGAGCUGGACAUACAGGAAACCAUUCCAUUUGGAUGACUUUCUUUUAUUCCAGGUCUUUUUCCUAAUAGUAGUUCAAUAUGCUGCUAUUGUAAAAGAAAAUUUAUAGAAUGCAAGGAAUGUAGCAACCUGCAUAUCGUUAUUUCCUUCAAAAAUAUUUCCUGGUUUCUAAAGUACGUGGAUUUAAAUUUUAAACAGAACCUGAAGGCAGUGUAACUGGCACACCACACUGCUGCUUAUCUCCAAUUCUGUAGGAUUUGGAUAGGUGGCUGGGUGGACCAGUGCCAUUGAAGAAUGUACAUCAGGGAUCAUCGUACCUCGGCUAUUACAUGGUGCCUUAAAACAGAACUGAAGCUAAGGUUUAGUAAGGCUUAUUUUGUUCAUGUGAAUUCCUUUUCAAUCCAUUUGACAAGGUGUGCCUGUCGUUUUCAGAUUGCCGAAGUGAGGACAGGUAACAUGUUCUUCAAAGGAAAUUUAGGGAAAGCUAAGCAAAACAGACAAAAAUCACUUCCCCUCUUUGAGUGACCAUGAAUUUAUUUUUGUUCCUUGAGCUGAAGAUUACUUGAUUACAAAUCACAUUGCUUAAAGAUUAAGGAUCAGAUUGCUGUUGUGGAAUAGCAGGCUAGUUUUAAUUACCAACUUUGUUACAUAAAAUCAUAUAUGUUUUAGACCAUUCUUAUCUAGUUAUAAUUUAAGAGAAUUAACAAAAUAAGCAGGUACUUAUUGAAGUGCAUCUUUUCAGUCUAAAUGUUUCUCUGUGUGUCUCGGUGUCUGUGUGCCCAUGUGCACAGGGGUGUCCGUGGGCGGGAGCCAGCUACAAAGUCAGAAGGUGAGAUCCCAGAGAGGAUACACCCAUCCCUAUUUUAAUUUAUGUGAAGAGCGAGGUUCUUUUAAGCACUCAAAUUAUUAACAAAAAGAACAGGCACAUCCAUUUAUUUAAAUAGUUCUAAAAAAGCUAAUUAGCAAAAAUAAAUAGUAUACAAAUACACAGAGCCAAAAAAAAGGGAAAGCACAAAAUGAUUUACAGAUUAUUAAUGAGGCCUAUGUUAAACUCAAGAGGUUUAUCUUCUCAGUUUUAUUAGGGUGGGGGUGGGGGGUGGGAAGGAGAGGGUGAGCCAAUCUAAUCUGUUAAAUUGAAAAUACCAAAUGGCUUAUUGGGUAGCACUAGUACAUUUCAGCUACUGCUACCUGAUUGCCUUAGACUACUCAAAUAACUAAGAUCAAUAAAGCUUCUUAAGUUUAAAUGAUUUAGAUAUAAUUUUUUAAUUGAUUCAAAUUUUGUAUCAUACAACUCACAUAUUUGAAAGUCUUCACUAGCAUCCUAGCAUCACCUUCUUUAAAUAUCAUUUAAAUGACCAUUCCCCUUUUUCCUCCCCAAAAGGCAAUGAAUUUGCACUAUCACACACACACAAAGGCAAACAAAACACCUUAAAGCUGCAAAGACGUGUAUCUACUUCAUUGUGCAUUAGAAAAGGUUUACAGGUAAAAUUAAAAUCUAAAAAGGAAAAAAUCAUUCUUCAUUAUGACCCUCCUUUCUGAAUUUUUUCACUUUCCCAUUCAUCACCCCCAGAACUAUAUUAUAUCUAUAUUGGACCAAAUGUAUUUACUGGUUUCAUCUUGUUUAUUGAAUGAUUUUAAAUAUUUAUUAUCAUUGUUUAAUGUUGGAUAUAUUUGUAUCAUGAGAGGAAUCUGAUAAAUAAUGGGCAAAUUUAGACUGAUGAAAUUUAGGGAUUGGGUACCCUCUAGGAUUCAACAUUUCUUCCAGUUGUUCAUGGUUGGUUCUAAAUUAGGACAGAUUAGAGAAAUCAAAUAUUAUUACAUUUCAAUGAAUAUUACAGUAUUCUAAUGUCUUUUUAUGAACACAGGGACAUUGAUUCUUUGUGACGAGGGUAGGCAGUUCUGACCAAUAGAUAAAAUGACAUCUGUGGUCUCUGCUAUUUCCAGUUAUCUGUAAUCCACAGAAGGACACACAGAGCUUAAAACAAUUUUGACUUUGAAUUGUGAAAUAUAUUAGAAAAUAAAAGCAUAAUUUACACAGUUGAGCAAAUUGGAGCAAAUGUUGAAUUUUUUUUUCAUUUUUUUAUUCACAAAAACGAUUACCUUUUCUAAAAUUAUGACAGUAACACUCUCAGAGUAGAUUUACUGAUAAGUGAAAGUACACAUUUUAAGGACCUCUUAAUAUUUCUUGACAUUGUAAUUAAAUACUAGUCAUGAAAGUAUCUAUGUAGACCCAGUGCUAGACUUUUGGUGAGGAAAAAUGUGAGGAGGACAUGUUGGCUAUUUUUAAGUUUCUAAAAAGAUAUUUGCAUGUAAUAGUAUUGAGUAUCAUGGGUAUAGUUUGACCUUCACAUACACUUUGAGAAUCAUACCCAAAAGAUUUGCAUUCACAAAGCCAGUGAACAAUGGGAUGAAAUGGCUGAAACGUCUCCUUGGAACACAGGACCCAAUUUAAAAUUUUUUCUCUGGAUAUCAAAUGGCUGGUCACUUUUUCAGGAUUCUCAUCCAAACUACGUUUGGACUGACUCUAUAAGUCUUACUGCCUUUUCAGAAAUCUGCUUUCCUUUUUGUGCGUUUUCUUGUACUGUAUAGCACGGUUCAUGCACCUCUCUUUAGAUGGUGUACUUUAAAAACAAAAGUAAAUUUUAGAAAAUGAUUUUUAACACUGCAUACCUAAAAUUAGUAGUGUGCAUCAUUGACUGCCUUUGAUUUGUAGUAGACAUGUAAAAAUGAACAUGUUCUUGUAGAAUGCUGUCAAAGUCAUUCAGGACUGAAUAUGGUUUCAUUACCAUAAUCAUGAACCUUUUUACGUGAACGCACUCUCUAGAAGUGCAAAUCACGAUGCAUUUUCAAAUUGAAAAAUUCUUCAGAUGUAUUUGAAAUGUCUAAAAUAAUGCUGUGCUUGAAACAUUAGUGUAAAAAAAGUGUAGGUCACUGUGAUGUUGGUCCUCCUUGUGUGGACACAAGUAGAAAGUAAAAAACUUUGGCAAGUCACCUUUGUGUACAAUUUGAGGCAGUGGUUAUAUUACAAUAAAUUGACCUUUGUUAUAACCUCCCCUCCUCCAAAUUCCUGGUGAGAAAAAUAAUAGUCAUCAAAAAAUUAAAGUUACAAUUUAUGAUUUGUAUGAAUCACAGCAGAACAUGGGGGAGAGGGGUUGACAUGCAGUGCUACUGAAAAUUAGGCUUGUCACUAGAUCAGAUCAACCUCCAUGUGUGUGCUUAGAACAAAUCAAUUAAUGGAAUCCUAGUAUUUCUGCAAGUUUGGUGAUUUUUAAAAACUGGAAUAGAAGCAUUAAUUCAGUGCUUAGUUCUAGUAUUAGAAAACCCCUUUAAUGUAAUGCCUUGUAUUAACCCUUUGAGCAUUGUAAGAUAUACAAUGGGGGACAAAAGCCUUUCAGAUCAUUUAUUUAGACUUAGACCGGUAAAAUAUACUCUAUAUCCAAAUGUCUAAUUAUGCUGUUUUUUUAAAGGGGGGGUAGGAAGAUAAAGUGUUUCCAUGCUGAACACUUGCAUUUUAUAUACAACUCUUAAUUUUCUUCAAGAGGGCUUGAUAUAUUUAUUCCCAAAUAUUCACUGCCAUCUAAGGAAGUGUACUGUUUACAGAAAAAAAAAAAAAUCAACUUUUCUAGCAUCACAUCAUGACUCUAGAAAAGGAGGACAAAUACAUGGGCCUGUAGACCUAUGUCAUUACUGAUCUCUGCACAUUGAAAGUACCUAGAUUGCCUUUAAAAGGUAUGAUAAAGAAAGGGUUACAUUUUUUUUCCCCAAACAGAACAAAAGAUCUCGUUUAUUUAGCUUUAGAAAGUACAGUUGUAAGAGAAGCCUUAGAAACGAGUGGAUAAAGAAAAGCUGAACUAUGGGGGCAGGUAAGCUAUUUGGAGUUAGAUCUCUCAUAAAAUAUUGUUUGGGAAUUUCAUGUAGGGCAUAAUUUUAUCUAUGCUCCAAAACUUUAAUACUUUGUCAAAAGAAUUAUAUAUAGAUAGAAUGGCACUUGAUUUUAAGCUCAUCUGUCAGGAGAUGCUAUGACUACUGCUUCUGGUAUCUGUAAAUGCCAGUGUGCUCACACAGUUGCUGACUUUGCUCCGGGGCCUCUCUGCGCGCACUGGGCCCCUCUGUCCCUGCCCAAGGGGACUUGAGAGCCGUCUCAUCUGCAGGUGUGCUUGCGCUGCGCUAGCCAGGCGCUCGUAAAGAGUGUAACCUAUUCUGAUGUCUGGUGAAAGGACAUCCAUAGCAUAGUGCAAGUUUGCCGUAAACGUUGCUUUUUUUAGGCAGUUUAGGAAGUCAAACCAUGCAAAUGACUCAUGUGUUAACAUGCAAUACUCAAAGGGUUUUAAUUUAACUCUCUUCCUUUGAAUUCUUCAUGAUGAUUUACUGUAAAUGCUUCUAAGUUUGCAUGCCUUGAUCAUUGCUGCUAGUGAUUUUAUGUGCCAGUAGACCUGAGUUUAGUUUACCAAUUUUACUUAAAUAGUAAAAGCCACUUACAAAGUGACUGCCUAGGAUUUCUUUUUUUUUUUUCUUUUGGUUUGAAGUAAUUGGUAAUAUGUCCUAUUUUCAAAGAUGUAUUUUGUCUCGUAUUUGGUUCUGAUAUUUGAUCCUUUCCCCUCCCCGCCACUUCUUUCCUUUGUUUUUUUUAAAUGAAUUAUGAUGUUGGGAUUGGAAGCCCUGAGUAAUGAAAUCUUUGGUAAGGAUUGUUUUUAUGUAGCUCAGUAAUGAGGACAAGUCUUUAUUAGAGGGAUUAUGAUUCUGGGGAGGAAAAGAAAAAGUGAAAACUCCCAUUGACUGUUGAUAACCAAGUAAAUUUUUCCUUCAAUGAAUUAAUACUUUUGAACAAAUAAUUGCCUUGUUUUAACCUGUUAAACACAAUUUUAAAUGACCCAGUAACGGAGGUAUUGAAUUUUAUUCAUUUAAAAAGCAUCUUUUGUACCAAAGCAAAUUUUUUCUCAUCUCCAUCAUCAAUUGGGACCUAUGGUGGUGACCAAUGCGUUGGUUACAGAAACUAUAAGUGAGUGCCUUGAGAAAACUUGGAAAUUUGUGCCUGGGGUGGUAAACUUUUAAUUAGGUUAAUUGUAGUGCUUACCAAUCAGUAAUUCUACUAUCACUCAGGGCUUUCGUACCUUCUAGGUAAAACUUAUUUCAUUGUGUUUUUUUAAAAUAUUGUAUUUUUUUUUAAGUGCCAUCAUUUAAAUUUCACUUAGUAAGUGGCAGAUUACAUUAUUCAGUCCCACAAGCACAGAAACAUAGUAACACUAGGAGAUAUUUGAACAUUUAUUUUACAAUCGACUGAAUAUAUUAUGUAAAUGAGGUAAGCAACUUUUGUAGAGAUUGUAUGUGUGAGAUAAUGUAAUGUUCUUUUCCAGUUUUGGACUACAGUUGAAUAAACUUUUUAAUUAUUUAAAAACAUCUUUACCGAAUAACAUGUGAUGGUUUUUUGUAUAAUGUAUUUGAUUUUGUAAAUACGUAUUUCCUGAUGUGAUUUUUGUGAGAAAUGCUAAAUCUUUUAGUAUAUCAUGUCCUCUCAAAAUUGGCAGGAGCUAAAUAAUAGUUUGUGGGCGAUUUGUAUUGUGUACUGUACAAUAACUGGGGAACUUUUAUAAUUAUAAAAAUAUAUAUUAACUUUUAGUGUGUUGUUUAAAACAAAUGACUGGAACAUACUAAAGAUAUUAGUAGGAUUUUUCUGAAUAUUUCAGACUUGAACUCAGGCUAGCUUCCUUGUGUUUUUCAAAACAAAAUGGUGUCUUGUCUUUUAAAAUCAAUAAAUUUGUUUCCUUGUUACAAAUA